AUGAACGACUCGGACCCCAAAGGCCUCAGGCCUCAGAACUUUGUUGCUGCGGAAGUUAAUGAAAUCACCGACCCUUUUCUAGUUCUCGGUCCCCGGUAUGUUGAUUACGACGUCCUCUCGGAUCUUAAACUUCUUGCUCGGUUCAAACGGCAUGUGACGAAUCUUAACUUGUUGAAAUAUGUAUUCGUUCGAGCCGAUGCUUACGUGACACUUUGUUGGGAGUUCUACACCACAUUCAAACUUGAAGAGAAGUAUACUAUUGUACGAUGCCGAUUGAAUAACAAGCCGGUAGAAAUUACUUUCAAGUUAAUGAAUGAGCUUUUUGGGUUCUCUUUCGAAGGGCCAACUUCCGUAGUAAAAGCACGGCCUGUAACGGCACGUGAGUUAAUCCACGCGGAACUUGCUUCUAAUCGCUACGAUUUCAAACCACAUCACGACCGGAAAUGCGUUAAAGCUUAUAUCGAACGGAUGGAAGUCUACCAAAAGGGCCAAGUUGCUACAAAUGCCGAACAAAUUGACCAUGAAGUACUCAUCUCCUCCGAACACCAACCAGAAGCAACCGAGCACCAAGAGCCGAUCACCGAGAAAUCGACCGAUGUCCUCGAGGGCCAACCAAAUUCUGGAGAGACACCUCAUCCGGAGGAGCCCCUCGGCACUGCCUCAACAACUCCAUGUCCACCACCCCCGACCGGCCCUUCCACGACCACCGAUUAUGGCAAUCAA